UUGACAGCGCGGCGCUGAGGAGGGAGCGCGGCGAUGGAGGCGGUGCGGGCGCAGCGGCUGCAGCCCGGGGUGGGCACCGGGCCCCGCGGGGCUCGGCCCGGCCUCACCGGGGCCCCCGCGGCGCUCGGACCCGCACCGGCAGCGGGAUUGGGGCCGGGGCUGGGGCUGCCGCCGCCGCCGCCGCCGCUGGGGCUGCAGGGCCCCCCCGCGCCCCCCGGGACGGCGGCCGGGGCCGGGGCCGGGGCCGGGCCGCCCGCGGUGCUGCGGGAGGCGGUGGAGGCCGUGGUGCGGAGCUUCGCCAAGCACACGCAGGGCUACGGCCGCGUGAACGUGGUGGAGGCGCUGCAGGAGUUCUGGCAGAUGAAGCAAUCCCGCGGGGCCGAGCUUCGCAACGGCGCCCUGGUUCUCUACGAGAUGGUGCCGGCCGCCAGCCCCCCCUACGUCUGCUAUGUCACCCUGCCCGGGGGCAGCUGCUUCGGCAGCUUCCAGUUCUGUCCCACCAAGGCCGAGGCGCGCCGCAGCGCCGCCAAGAUCGCGCUGAUGAACUCCGUGUUCAACGAGCACCCCUCGCGCCGCAUCACCGACGACUUCAUCGAGAAGAGCGUCUCCGAGGCCCUGGCGUCCUUCAACGGCAACCGAGAAGAGGCAGAUAAUCCCAACACUGGGAUCGGGGCCUUCCGCUUCAUGCUGGAGUCCAACAAGGGAAAAUCCAUGCUGGAAUUCCAGGAGCUGAUGACAGUUUUCCAGCUGCUGCACUGGAAUGGGAGCCUGAAGGCCAUGAGGGAACGUCAGUGCUCACGCCAGGAGGUCCUGGCUCACUACUCCCACCGUGCUCUGGACGAUGACAUCCGAAACCAGAUGGCCCUGGACUGGGUGAACCGGGAGCAGAACAUUCCAGGAGCCCUUUCCCGGGAGCUGGCGGCCACCGAGCGCGAGCUGGACGAGGCCCGGCUGGCCGGGAAGGAGCUGAGGUUUCACAAGGAGAAGAAGGACAUCCUGCUGCUGGCAGCUGGCCAGCUGGGCUCAGCGCACUCCUCUGGCUGCUGAGCCCCAAAUCCCACCCCUGGUGAUCCCAAAACCCUUUCCCCAGUCCCGGCCCGUUUGCACAUUUAGAAGAAAUUUGGGGGAAAAGGUCCUGAAUGGGCUUUAGCAAGUUUCAUCCUGGUUUUUAGAGCUGCUCCUCAUUCCCUCAUUCCUCCUUUCAGGGCUCCUUAUUCCCUAGGGAACUUUUUACUUUUAGGGAAAAAGGUCCUGAAUGGAUUUUAGCAGUUUUAUCCUGGUUUUUAGAGCUACUUCUCAUUCCCUCAUCACUCCCCUGAGAGCUCCUUAUUCCCCAGGGAACUUUUUACACUCCUCUGGUUGCUGAACCCCAAAAUCCCGCCCCUGGUGAUCCCCAAAUCCCAGCCCGUUUGCACAUCUAGAAGAAAUUUAGGGGAAAAGGUCCUGAAUGGGUUUUAGCAGUUUCAUCCUGGUUUUUAGAGCUGCUCCUCAUUCCCUCAUCACUCCCUUGAGAGCUCCUUAUUCCCUAGGGAACGUUUUAUUCCCUCAUAAUCCCUACAGAUUUUUUCCUGUCCCUCAUUUUCGGGGUUCAAAUCCCAGGCUUUGUCCCCUCCUCACUCCAUCGUUGCUGGAGCAGUUGGGAUUCCAUGGAAUCCAGUGUUUCUUCUGGAAAAACCCAUUGGAUCCCCUCCCUCCUGCAGCAGAAAGGGAUCAAUUAGAGCUCCUUGAUGAGCUCCUUAAUUGAAUGAGUGGAUGCCAAGGCCUGCAAUAUCCAGAUUUAAUUUUGGAAUUAAAUCGAGGAUCAGCCUGCAGCAUUCCAGUCCCAAGCACAGCAGGAUCUGCAGUUCCCACCUUGGAAUUGCCCUGUCUGGAGCCAAACAUCAGCAUUGGAAGGUUGGAAAAGUCUUGGAGAGUUUGUGGAUGAGGGAGGGAUUUGCACUAAUCAUUCCUUAUCCCUUGUAUCCAUAUGGAAUUUAGACUAUAUUUAGCUUUAAAAACCCCUUUUAUGGCAUGGAAUUGUUCGGACAGCUACGAGUUCACCCAAGAAAAUGGAAAUUUAUCCAUGGAAAUUUCCAUCUUACUCCCCUUUUCCCCAGCAGACCGGGAGUACAAACUGAAUUCCGAGCCAGAAUUCCUUUUUCAUCCCAGCUUAGACCUUUUCCCACCUCUUAUCCCCUUAAACCCUGCGGAUUCCACUGUUCCCACCCUCCUUCUUCCCUCUGCCUGACCACAGGAUAUUCCAGCAAUAAUCAUUGUUUUAGGAUAAAAUUGGAAUAAUUCCAUUAUCUGUAGGUACCCCGUUUUUAUAUCCACAUCCUAACGAGCUUAUUUUGGGGGUUUAUAUAUUUUUUAUACUUUCUACAAACACUAUUAACAUUUGAUGUCGCUGGAAAUUGGAUUUUAAAAGGGAUGGGGUGAGGGUUGUGGGGUGUAAUUUUCCUGAAGUAUUGGAAAAAUUUGAUUUAGGGAUAACAUGGAGUUAAUCCUACAAUUUAUUCUGCACAUAAGGGAAUCCUUGAAGCUCCUCCCAGUUCUUUAUGCUCCAGAUAAACGAAUCUGGGAGGACUUUUGGAGUUCCAUCACUGUGGAAGUAAAAUAAUAAAAAUAAAAGGGAAAAAAAACGGAUAUUCCAUUGCUUGCGGGAUCAAGGAGAAUGUUUGGAGGCUCCUGAUCUCCAUGGAAGUCAUAAAAUUAACAAAAUUCAAAUUUUCUGAGUACAGAGAAAGUCAUGCUCCUUGAGGCAGUGGAAUUACGGGAUAAACACUGCUGUGGAUUUUCUACAAUAAACCCAGCGAUUUUGGUUAA